AUGCAAGUGUCGUGGCAUCAGGCGAUCAAGGCCAACACUCAUGCAAUAUACAUAAACCGGAAUUUUACAUUUUACCGUACCCAAGUAAUCACGCAAUACAUACGCUAUCAAAACACGCCAUAAAAGAACGGAAGAACUCACUAUCAGAAUACAAGAGCGGAAUAACUUACCAUCAGAAUACAAGAACGGAAGAACUCACCAUCAGAAUACAAGAACGGAAGAACUCACCGUCAGAAUACAAGAACCGAAGAACUCACCAUCAGUAUACAAGAACGGAAGAACUCACCAUCAGAAUACAAGAACGGAAGAACUCACCAUCAGAAUACCAGAACGGAAGAACUCACUAUCAGAAUACAAGAACGGAAGAACUCACCAUCAGAAUACAAGAACGGAAGAACUCACCAUCAGAAUACAAGAACGGAAGAACUCACUAUCAGAAUACAAGAACGGAAGAACUCACCAUCAGAAUACAAGAACGGAAGAACCCACCAUCAGAAUACAAGAGCGGAAGAACUUACCAUCAGAAUACAAGAACGGAAGAACUUACUGUCAGAAUACAAGAACGGAAGAACUCACCAUCAGAAUACAAGAACAGAAGAACUCACCGUCAGAAUACAAGAACGGAAGAACUCACCAUCAGAAUACAAGAACGGGAGACCUCACCAUCAGAAUACAAGAACGGAAGAACUCACUAUCAGAAUACAAGAACGGAAGAACUCACCAUCAGAAUACAAGAACGGAAGAACUCACCAUCAGAAUACAAGAACGGAAGAACUCACUAUCAGAAUACAAGAACGGAAUAACUCACCAUCAGAAUACAAGAACGGAAGAACUCACCAUCAGAAUACAAGAACGGAAGAACUUACCGUCAGAAUACAAGAACAGAAGAACUCACCAUCAGAAUACAAGAACGGAAGAACUCACCAUCAGAAUACAAGAACGGAAGAACUCACCAUCAGAAUACAAGAACGGAAGAACUCACUAUCAGAAUAA